AUGAUUGGCUUUGGUUGUAUAUUUUUCCUUGUGUUUGUCGUUCUUUCAAACACACAAUAUGUCCAAAAAUCUAAUGACGCAAUCGGAUUUCCAGAGAUAGAAGAAAAUCCACAGAUGGUGAAUAAACAAAAUCGGCAACCUGUAUACAUACCAUCAAUUUGCCCGGAAAAUGAACUCUUAUACCCUGGAGACCAGGCGGAUGACUGGAUCUGUGAUUGCCGACCAGGUCACUUAUAUCAUCCAACUACGGAUAAGUGUUGGCCGGCCUAUAGGGAAGGUCCGUGUGAAAGUGGUCAAUACAUAGUUCUGCCUGAUAAUUCAUCAAUACCAGUAUGCGUGAAAAACUCAUGUCUGGUCGAUGGUUUUGUUGUAUGGAACGGUAAAUGCGAAGUAUUAGGGAAUAGUUGCGGUGAGAAGUUUCCGAUAUCACUGCUUUCGAUAGACGCGGUCACUCUUAAAGUGGCUUGCGUUAAGGUAGAUGAACUGGAGUCUAGAUUUUCAUUGAACGUUCCAAGUAGCUGUCUUGCGGGAAGCAAAAGAAACAUUAAAAAUAAGUGUUGA